CGGAUCGGCUACAUGAUCAUCAUCAUCUGGACGCUCUCGGUGCUGGUCUCGAUCGCGCCCUUGCUCGGCUGGAAGGACCCGGAGUGGGAGGCGCGCGUCUACCAGGACCUGCAGUGCAUUGUGUCGCAGGACGUCGGCUACCAGAUCUUCGCGACCGCGUCUAGCUUCUACGUGCCGCUGCUGGUCAUCCUGUUCCUGUACUGGCGAAUAUUCCUCGCCGCCCGGAAGCGGAUCCGUCGGAGGCAGCAG